AUGUUUGGGGAAUUAAUGAGUGAAAAUAAUAAAAAAUUUAAUGAAUUAAAAGAAAUUAUUUGUAAAAAAGAGGAAAAAGUUGUUUGCUUGGGAAAUAAUUUUGAACAGUGUUUUAAUGUAAUUCCAAAUAAAUGGAAAGAUUUUUACUAUGGUCGUUAUGAUUGUUAUAAAUGUUGUGAAAAUAAAUGUAUAAAUACAGACAAUCCUAAAGGUGUUUGUGUAAGAGGAAAUGGAUUUGUUAAUUUAAUAGAUGAUGAAAAUAUAAAAUAUAUUAGUUGUGUGAAGGGGAAAGGAAAUUUGGUUUUUAAUAGAUCAGCUUUUAUUUUUGCUGAAAAUUCAUUUAAUAAACCAAAAGAAUAUACAAAUAAUUAUUCUUUAUUUUAUUUUGAAAUUAAAUUUAAAAUUGAAGGAGAGGCAGUAGAUAAUGACAAAGACUUUGUUUUUAUGGGUCUUUACAACAAUAAAAAUUAUUUUGUUGAAUUGGAUUUAAAUCAAGCUAGUAUAUUAUGCAAAACUGAAAAUAAACAAAUUAAAAAUAAAUUUAAAACAUUCUCUUUGAAUGAUGGAGAUGUUUAUGGUUGUGGAUUAGUAUAUCCACCAAAUAAUAAAAUAUUAAAUGAAUUUCCUUUUAUUUUCUUCACUCAAAAUGGAAAAUUAAUUGGUAAAUUAUUGCCCCCCCCUUUUUUUUAA